UCGUGAAGCGUGUCGGGUAAUGUGCCGUGGUGUGCGUGGCUGAAAGUGUAGGAUUUCAUGAAGAAAGCAUCCACCAUGAACACCCCAGAUACACUCAAUAAUACUUUUCUCUUUACAUCCGAGUCUGUUGGCGAAGGCCAUCCAGACAAGAUGUGUGACCAAAUCUCCGAUGCUAUCCUCGAUGCACACUUAAAACAAGAUCCAAAUGCGAAGGUUGCUUGUGAGAGUGUAGCCAAGACUGGCAUGAUUGUUGUUUGCGGAGAGAUCACCUCUUUAGCGAAUGUAGACUAUCAGAAGGUUGUGAGGGAUACAAUCAAACAGAUUGGAUAUGAUGACUCAAGUAAAGGGUUUGAUUAUAAAACCUGCACUGUCCUGCAAGCCAUUGAACAGCAGAGCCCCGAUAUUGCUCAGGGUGUGCACAUUGGCAGAAGUGAUGAAGAUCUCGGAGCAGGGGACCAGGGUCUCAUGUUUGGCUACGCUACUGACGAGACAGAUGAGUUGAUGCCAUUAACAGUGGUGCUUGCUCAUGGGUUAAACAAGAGACUGGCAGACUGUCGGCGCAACGGAUCCCUUCCCUGGGUGAGGCCGGACUCCAAAACCCAGGUCACUGUUGAGUACAAGUUUCAAGGAGGAAAAGCUGUCCCUCUACGUGUCCAUACUAUCGUCAUUUCUGUACAGCACGACCCAAACAUUGAACUUGAUGUGAUGAGAAAAGAAUUAAUGGACUAUGUUGUUAAGGAAGUUGUACCUGAAAAAUACAUUGACAACGACACUGUCUACCACAUGCAGCCAUCAGGCUCGUUUGUGAUUGGUGGACCACAGGGUGACGCCGGUCUGACCGGCAGGAAGAUCAUCGUGGACACCUAUGGUGGAUGGGGUGCCCAUGGAGGUGGCGCUUUCUCUGGCAAGGACCCUAGCAAGGUUGAUAGAUCGGCUGCUUAUGCCGCCCGCUGGAUCGCCAAGUCUCUGGUAGCUGCUAAGCUCUGUCACAGGGUUCUGGUUCAAUUGUCAUAUGCCAUUGGUGUGGCAGAGCCAUUGUCUAUAUCUGUCUUCACAUAUGGUACCGGGUACCGUCCUGAAGAAGAGUUAUUGGAAGUCAUCAAGCACAACUUUGACCUGAGGCCUGGGGUUAUAGUCAGAGAUCUAGACCUGAAGAAGCCAAUUUACCAAAGCACCUGUCUAUAUGGCCACUUCAAACCUGGGUUCCCUUGGGAGGUUCCCAAACCCCUCAAGUACAUCAAGAAACCAGAAUGGCAUGACCCCGACAUCAAACAGCAUGACAAGUUUGAGACAUAAGUCACCCUCUUGAGCUAGAAUUUAUGUGUACCCUAGACCCUAGCAACUUGAGAAAUUUUUGUGUUUACCCCAAUGUGAUAACUGGAAGGUUUUUUUUUUUUUUUGGAGGGGGGGAGAUUGUUUUAUUAUAUCUACACUUUUUUUUACGAUCGUUGAGCAUGUUUAAAAUUACAGUAAAAUUAUACAAUCAUAUACUUCAAAGGAAAUAUUGGAAAUACUUUUGAAAGAGUAAUGUUCUUCGGAAAGGUGAAGCAGGAAUUAUGUAAAUUUAUCUUCAGUUUUCAUAGGGAGAAAGGUUAAGGCUUCAAUGCUAGCGUGUAAACAAGCAUUGAAAUUCUUGUUCAUGAGGCAGAAGGUAUGACGCGUUCUAAUGUAGGAGUCCUCUACUAACUACGGUCAUAUUCGAAGAACUUGUAUUUGAUUCAGACUUUGAUGUUUUUCCAAAUAUGGAAAACAACUGUGGCUUAAACAAGAAACACUAUCUUACGUCCAUUCUUCGUUCCAUCCCCAAAACAUGGAAAUGGCUAUUGAACUAAUUGAAUUUUGUUUAGAGGUAGCGCUAUUUUAACCAGAAAAUUCACCCAAGUUGAAAUUCCCCGUAAGCACAAGACCCCUUUCUUAUACUUAUGCCUUUAUUCUAGCGAAACGUAUCGUAAUUAAAAUACAGCGUGUACAAUUGAAAUAAAGAGGUGUCAUUUGUGAUGACAUGAGCUUUCCUCGAA